GGCGCGGCCAAGCCGGCGCACACGCGCGCGCUCCCCGGGAACUCCCGCGGGUGGCUCGGCGCUCUCCCGGAGGCGCUCCCGAGCCCCCGCGGACGCCGCCAACAUGGCCGAGACGAGCGAGGAGGUGGCGGUGCUGGUGCAGCGGGUGGUGAAGGACAUCACCAACGCCUUCAGGAGGAACCCGCACAUAGAUGAAAUUGGCCUGAUCCCAUGUCCUGAAGCUAGGUAUAAUCGGAGUCCCAUAGUCCUGGUUGAAAACAAACUUGGCGUGGAGAGCUGGUGUGUCAAGUUCCUUUUACCGUAUGUCCACAACAAACUCCUUUUGUACAGAACAAGAAAGCAAUGGCUGAACAAAGAUGAACUGAUAGAUGUCACAUGCACCCUGCUACUUCUAAAUCCAGACUUUACCACUGCGUGGAACGUGAGAAAAGAGCUGAUCCUCUCUGGCACUUUAAAUCCAAUUAAGGACUUAUAUCUGGGAAAACUGGCCUUAACUAAGUUUCCAAAGAGUCCAGAAACAUGGAUUCACAGGCGAUGGGUGCUACAACAGCUAAUUCAGGAAACCUCCUUGCCUUCCUUUGUGACCAAAGGAAGCUUGGGAAUAAUUCCUGCAGAAAGGACACAGCAACUAAUACGAGAAGAGAUGGAGGUCUGUGGUGAAGCAGCAGGGAGAUACCCAAGCAACUAUAAUGCCUGGUCCCAUCGCAUCUGGGUUUUACAGCACCUGGCCAAGCUAGAUGUCAAGAUUCUUCUUGAUGAACUAUCUUCCACUAAACACUGGGCGUCCCUGCAUGUUUCAGACCACAGUGGAUUUCACUACCGCCAGUUUUUAUUAAAGUCUUUGGUUAGCCAAACUGUGACAGAUGGUUCUAUAUUGGAGCAAAAUACCUUGAGAAGUGAGCCAGCUAUAGUUCUUCCAAAAGAUGAAGAAGCAGUGGCUUCAGCAGAGGAAUCAAGGAUAAAUCUUCCCCAUCUUCUAGAAGAAGAAGUUGAAUUCAGCACUGAUCUUAUUGAUUCCUACCCAGGACAUGAAACCCUUUGGUGUCAUAGGCGGCAUGUUUUCUACCUUCAGCAUCACUUAAAUGGUAGGUUUCCUCACAGCGUGGUCCAGUUGUCACCUGCAGACAGCCCAGGGGGGACUUUGAGUGACUUGCACCUCAUCCCAGCAGGACCACACACAUCUCAGGCAAUGGAGGUGGAUGGACUCAGUGACUCUAGCAAGCAAGGCUAUUCCCAGGAAACCAAACGCCUGAAGCGGACCCCUGCUCCAGACUCCCUGGGCCUGGAAAUGGAGCACAGGUUCAUCGAUCAAGUAUUGUCCACCUGCCGGAACAUGGAGCAGGCCAGGUUUGCCAAUGCAUACAGGAAAUGGCUGGUUACAUUGAGUCAAUGAAAGAGGUGGAUUAGUCCUGCAAGGUUCCCCUUUUAGUGCAAUAUUGCUUUCCUUUCUUAUUUACAUAGUUGCAUGAACUGUUUGCUAUUAUUGUCUAACUAUAUGUGCUUCAUCUUUAGGUUAAAAGUCCAUAGUAAACCUUUCAUUUUAUUUAUUUUGUUAAGAACUGGCAUUCCUUUGGGGAUAAAAUAAUUGUGUAGUUCCUUCCUGCUGAACAGUGAGUCUUAAUUUUUUUCUUUUAAACUUCUCAUCCUUUAUAUUCCUAUACUUAAGGCUUUUCUCUUUUGGUUCUCCAGAUUGGUUCACACACACCUCAACCCACCUCAGUGUGGUUGCUGCAUAGGCUAGUUUGUUUUUUUUUUUUAAUUAAAAAUGUAUGUUGUAGUUUAGCUUAAGAACAAUACAAAUUCAAAAUUACUUGAUCUAAUUGUUGUUUUGAGAAUCAAAUGGCCAGAUGGAUGGAUGUGUGAAAAUACACACCAUUUCUCUUUCUCUAGUAUGUUCUACUCAAGUCAUAGACCAACAUAACCAAAGUCAGAAGUAUUGGAAUUUAUAUGAACAACAUGCUUCCAAUAUAGUCCAUUUUAAAAAUGGUUAUUUUUUAAAAAACUAAUUUUAAGAGUUUAUGUAAUUGUAGUGGAAAAUUAUUUUUACUACUAGCUUUGAUAGGUUGUUUUUACCUCAAUUAAAAUGAAUUUCAAAAAAACCUAGAAUGCUGUUUUUAGUUAUUACUACUUAUUUUCCUCCAAAUUCACCAUGAAAAAUGGGAGGCUUAUGCAUAGAAAUGUGUCCAUCAAAAAUCUUCCUUUUUAAAAUUUAAGUUAUUAAGGAUACACUGGAUAAACUAUAAAGUUUUGUGAAGUGAUUAUUAAAAGUUUACUGGCAAAAGCCAGGGGGGAUGAAUAGUUUUGAAGGUUAGUUCUUCAGUCUUUAUUUUAAAAAAUAAAACAAUUUAAAAACUUUGAUACUAAAUUUAUCAGGGACAAGGUACCAAAGUAUCCACCUUUUAGCUGUAUCUUAUCUUUUCAAUAAUAUGGGCUGGGUUUUUCAGGUAGGUGAGGCAGGUGUGGGGAAAGUGCCAGGUAAUGUCUAAUGUCAGUAUGAAAGAAUGCUUUGCAUUUCUUCUUUCCACACACCUUUCUCUUUAUUUUCCCAAUCCAUUUUUUUGUCAUCUCCACUUUUGUAUAUUUUUCCUUAUCUGUUGUAUUUCAUAGAUGUGUACUAAACAUAUUCUCCUCUCUGUUUCCAGUUAAUUCCAUACCCCAUUAAACACAGGCACACAUACACACACACACACACACACAAAAUAUGAAUAUGAACUGCCCCUCUAAAAGUUCCCCUAAUGAUGGAAGUUGUCUAUUAUCCUGUGUGUGUUUGAAAUGUAAUAGUGGCAGAAACAAGUGUGACCACUAUGCUUUGCCUGUUUUCCUCUUUAUAUGCUAGGUCACCUGUAGGGUGAGAAGACAGAUGUAGGGAAAAGCAGACCUCUCCUAUACCACUGUUACGGAGACUCUGGACUUGAGUGAGGAGCAUUCCUUUAAGGGAAAAUAAUAGGUCCUUUACUUGUACAUCAUGAUUUUGUUGAGUGGCAAACUGUUGAGUGAGACUUAAGAACACCAGAAAAAUUGUCAGGACUGGUCCUUGUAGACAGAAGCUGCCUGCCCUUCUCUCUUAGGGCAACAAUUACCCUUUUUUAGCUUUUUGUAGUAUUCAGGUGAGAAAAUGAUUGGCAUUAUGAGCAUAAUUCUAUGACCCUUUGUGUACAAAGCAUAUUUUGAUUCAAAUACCUCAAGGUCUACCUAGACCUCUAUGGAUAAAACUAUUAAUUUAUGAUUUUUAGCACCUGUGGGGCUUGGGGGGCAGACUACACACAGAUGACAUGGAAGAUUCAGCACAUUCCACUAAUAUAUGUUGCCAAAUUCUGGCCUCACUCAGUAUUACCGUUCUUCCAAGCAUCAUUUUAAGUAUCCCAAGUAGUAGGGCUUCUUAUGCUUUGAUGUGAGAGUGUCGAGACAUGAAUACAGACAAUCCUCUGUGAAACAUCAGCUAAAUUUAAUAAUGCUCCACAUCUUUUUAUACCUUCCACAGAGUCUCUUGCCCUUGAUGUUAACUGCUUUCAUGUGUUUUAAGUCUCUUAAGCCACCCUUACGUGAAGCCACGCAGUCCUUUAAUAUAUCUUGGUCUCCUGUCUUCCUAAUAGCUUUAAGUAGGGAGUAAAAAUACAGAUAUCCAAAGGAUACUGUUUAUAUCUGACUUUUGUGUGCUGCUUUAUUUCUAAAAUUUGCAGUUUUCAAGUGUUCAUUCACUGAAAAACCUAGCAUUUCCCUGAUGGUUGUAUUUUUUCCCUAAAUGGUUGACAUCUAAACUCACUAGCUGUAGCAUGAUAUUAUCUCUUGGACUGAAUGAGCUCAUGCAGUGGAAAGGAUGUGUCUAUUUUUAGGGACUCAUUAGUCUUCACUUAUUUUUCUAUAAAUAUGUCGUUAAAGGAAAAGAUGAUUUAGAUUGACACAAAUUUCAUCCAUCUUUCACUGGAAGAAUUGUAGGCCAUCCUGUGGAUCAAGAAUACUACUGACAAGCAAAAAAGCAAUAAGAUCUGUAAAUAUCUCUACCACUAUCCCUCCCCAACCUGACUUUUUUUUUUUUUUUAAGUGUACCUAUUUUGGUAACGUGUUCCCAGAUUCUGUGUGCCUUGCACAUUGUAAGGACUUAUUAAAUAUUUAUUAAAUUUAUGAAUGAUUAACUGAAGAUGAGAAAGAUCGAUCAUGAGUGAUGCAUAGAGUGAGUUAUGAUUGAGAAAUUGAUGGAAUAGAGCAUUGGAUUGUGAAUGAAUGAUGUACUCUGCCUUCAUGAUACUUAAGGGGAGCUAUUGCAUAUAGAAUAAGUUAAUUUAGAUUUUUUUUUCCUUCAUUAAACUACUUUGUUUAUGCUUGUUAAAUCCCAGCCAAGAAAUGCAGCUGUAUAAUAUCAAAUAACUGUACUAUAAUAUAUAUUAAAAAUUCAUAGAAAAAUGAAGACCAUUUGCAAGAACACUACUUUCUACUCACUUAUGAUGUUGGAGGACAGAUCUUGCCAAUAGAGCCAUAGCCACUCUUGGAGUAUCUGAGGAAACUGAUUUCAAAGACUGCUGAUCUGUAUCUGUGCAUGAGUAGUCAUUUUAGACUCAGAACCCUUUCUUUUCUAGGUUUUAGCAUUUUAUUACCUCUUUGAAAACUCUGGGCCCAGACUUUUGAGUCAUAUCUCUUAUUCCUAUGGUACAAUUCUAAUUUAAAUUAAAGGCUUCGUUAUUUAUCGGAUUAAAUAUACAGGAAGUCACUCUAAGCCACUUAAGUCUUCAGAUAAGGGCUUAUGUAACACAAGAUGUGCAAACAAAAGUUCUUGAAUUUUUAUGUGGCAUUUUGUAGGAAAGCAUAUAUGGUGGUAGGCUGUGUCAUUUAGAUAUAUUCAGGUCAUGUGAAUUCAUGCUUGUUUAGACACAUACAUACAUGUGUGUAAAAACUUUUAAUAUUUUUUGAGAACAAAUUGUCAGCCUAGUAUUUUUCUCUUAAUAGCACAAGAUGGUAUCUGACAUGAGGGCUAAAUAUAAUUUAGGAAUGCAACUACCACUUGCUAUGCAGCAAUCUAAUUUCUACCUUAUUUCCCCUGUAUUACAGAAGAUGUUAAAUAUUUAGUUUAUCAAAGGAAGUAAGAAAACACUUUUGUUUUUGCAAAAAGCUUUUGUGAGCUUAGUUAUUUUGUUACUAGAAAAUUAUAUUUUAAAACUUUAAAAUAUCUAAAGUAUGCUAGAAAAUUUGAGCAGCAUUGUAACAACUGAACUUUUUGUCUUCUAAGUAAAUUUCUCAAAUAGAACUGUGCAAACCCUAGCACUUUACGUGCUGCCGCCUCCCUAUACUUGAGUAUACUCUGUAAUGUGCUCCUUUUUAUUAGAGAAGUUCGUGGAGGCACAGGAAAGCAUAGGCAAAUUCAGUGUUAUAAAGGCAGUGAGCAGGAAAAAUCAACCCUCUGAAUUCUCCUUACCAUCACACAGUGUCUUUUAAAAAAUAACUGUAUAUACUGUGUUCAUUCGAGUGCCUUUCUUACUUUUUGGGGGAGCAAGAUUAUAUUUAAGUCUAACAUUUAGGUAGAAAACAAAGGAUGAAAAUUUUAUUAAACAGUUGAUUAACUCAUUUUAUUUAUUCCAAUUGCUAGGCAUGGCCCAAUGGAAUAUUUUAUCCUUAAGUGAGUUACUGAUAAGAACAAGAAGGAUGCUUUGGUUUGCGUGUCAUUAGUUAUCAUUUUUAAGCAUCCUACCAGGAAGAAUUAGUUCUUUCUCAGUGACAACUAAUGUUUUUGGGGUUGGAGGCCUCACAUUUAGAGGACGGCAUAUGCAUAAAGAUCAGCCAAAAACCCUGUGCAGCCCAUGUUUAAAGGAAAACAGUGGCACUCUGCCCUAAAAGAAACGCCAUACAGUUGUCCUAAAUGAAUCCUUUGCCUCAUCUUAAGGACAUUUAAGAACUCCAUCCCAAAUUUAGGCCUACGUAAGAUAGUUGAGUUGGGGGGAAAAAUGGAACCUUCAUCUUUUCAAAUAUUGGAGGAAAAGAGGCAAAUACUGAGAUGAAAUUUAAAAUGUGGCUUUUUAUGUAUUUGGGUAUGGAGAGGGGAGGGAUAGGAGUUCCAUAUUUCCAGAUAGCAAAUAAUUGUUAAUUGUAAUUUCAUUAAAAUAUAUAGCUUAAGAUUCCAAAGUGCUUUUCAGAGAACUGUCGAAUAAUGUAUUCCUAACGGACAGCAAUAGGUCAUGUUCAUAGUGGAAACAGAAAACUAUUGUGUCAGUUGUGGAUCUGGGGGGUAGGGACUUCAGGCUUCCAACUUUGACUUCUGUAUUCUCACUAGGCCAUGUUAACACUGUAAAACCAACUCUUUACUUAAAAAAAGAAAAAAAAAAUAGAGAGCAGCAGCUUACUCUGCUGAUGAAAUCUUGUGCUUCCAAGAAUAUUAGCUAUAUAUAGCUUGUGCUUUCUGGACAAUAAUAUGGUCCACAAAGCUAACCCUGGCAUUUCUUUUAUUAAUCUGUUAUUAUUUCUCAGGGUGUAGAAGAUUUAGUAAAUUUAGGACAAAAUUUUAUAUUCAGUGGCCAAAAAAAGGCAAAAAUAUGCUAAGUAUAUUACUAGCUCUUAAAAUUUUAGUAUAGAUAGUAUUUUUUAUAAACUACUACCAGUGCAGUUAGCUCUGUGACUGCCUCAUUGUUCAUCUCACUGCUUCAAUCCCUAUGGUUCUAUUAUGAAUGUUCUCUUAAACGUGUCUUCUACGGAAAUGACUUCUGUAUUGCAUUAUUUUCCAUGUUUUGCAGAGGUAGGAGUGCUUUAGUUGACAUCAAUCUCAGUUUUUAGAAAUUCUAUUGAGAAAGUGAUUACUGUUGGUUUUCAAACUGACAACUCUUUUCCUUCUUAAAACUUCAGUUUCCCUGAAAGAGUGCUUUGUGUCAGAUCUUGUACAUGUUCAGUAUGUUGCAUAAUGCCUUGCACCUUGUAGGAAUUCAACAGGUCAGAAUUGUUAAAGGCUAGAAAGUUAAAACUAGCUUAUGUAUCUCUGUCUUAUCAUCAUUGUCCACAUUCUUAGCUCCAGGAGAAAUACAGUAUUGUGCUUAAGAUACAUAAUCAGGUUCAAACAUACAAGGCAAAGAUAUACAGCUGUACAGCAUUGUAAGUGCAAUUUAGAUACUUUUAAGGCAUACAUAUGUGUGUGUAUUCACAUAUGUGUAUAUAUAUUUAAAUGAGAUUUGGAAUUUCAACUUAUAUACUGGUUUUACAAAGAAUUUUAUCCAAAGGACUUUUAUUUUCAUACUUGCUUGAAGUGCUCCUGUUUAAAAGCAGUUUUCUUUAUUAGACCAGCCCCCUCAAGCAAAGUUGGAAACCUAACACAAGUGCCCAUUUGCUUGAAUUAACCAGAUAUUGCUGUAAACUGUUUAUAGUAAGUCUUUGGUUGCUUACGAACCAUGACAUUUUGACUUUUCUUCCAUACCUUUAGGGAAUCAGCCUUAAUUUUAUGUAUGGCAGUCACUUUCCUCAAAGUACUAUGCAGCAUACUUCAAAUGUUUAUUUAUCUUUAUAAAGUGAUCAGUAAUAAAUUUGAGGUUUUUCAGUGUCGUAGGGAUGAACAAUUUCACAUGUCCAGAUAUUGACUCAUACAGCAUUCUGUUAGAAAUGCUAAUAUGUUAUCCUCCCUCACAAAUGUCAUUUUGCAUUUGGAGCAGAUAUUUUUUUUCUUGUUGGUUGAAAAAUGAGUAUAGGCUGACUGCAAUCAUAGUAGGCGCUCAGUAAGUAUUUAGUUGAUUAUUGAUCUAACAUCAAAGUAACAGCUUUCAGAAAGGAGACUGUUGUCAUCUUUUCAUUGAGGAGUAUAUUUUUAGAGUAAUAUAUGUUUGAAACUGAAAAUUUUUCUCAUUUGACAUGAAUUAUUAGGCUUAUUUAGGUUGGAGUUAGUAACGUGUAAUAAAAAUACUGUUUAUGUAGAAAUGGUCUGAAGACAGGAGAUGUGAAAAGUUUAAGUAGUAUCUCUUUGUGCAAGGCACAUUCAUAAAUGUGAUUAAAUGUCUUAAUAGGCUGCUGAACUCUAGAGAAAACUGCUGUAGUCUUCUGCAAUCAAUUUCUAUGUUGGUAUAUCUAGUAUUAUCUAGUAUAGGUACUGUUUAUUUCUCCCUAAAUCUUGGUUACUUUCCAGUGUCUUAAAAGUAGUCAUGGUAAGGAAUGACUAUAAGUUAUAUUAAAUAACUUCUACUUGUUUUUUGAGAACAUGUUCAAAAUGAAGAAGACAUUUUUAUGAAUAAUAUAAUAGUUUCAGAGUCUAUUAAUUUGUGGCUUUCAGAACAUUUUUGACAGACUUUACCUAAUGCAAACAGAUUUAAACAGUUUAAAAACAAGCAUUCCAACCUGAGCUGUGAGAAGCAGUGUGUGCAGCACAAGCGUAUUUAGUUAGGGAUUGCCUCCUGGCAAGGUUCUUGAUGCAUGGCUAUGACGCAGGCUUCUGACUGAGGUGACCACUGUCGGUAUUGUAUUUUGGUGCUUGUUGUUCCUAGGAAAAUAAUGGAGUAUGUACUAGGUUAACUUGUUUUUGAGUUGGACAAAAUAAAAGAUGAGGUAUUAUGAAUAUACCAAAUAUUUAUAUCCUCUACUACAAAAAAACUAAAAAAGGAGGAGGGGAAGAAAAUGAUAAAAGAGCAAUGAUCUUUUUUUUUUAAUAGCUUCUAAAAAACAUUUUUUCAAUCCAAGUCUCUUGGACACUAGGUAGUUCCUUACUUUAACACUGAGGGACUUUAAGGGAUAGUUCUUAGAUACUAUAUUCUGCUAUUAGAAUUCAUUAUGUGUGUUAAUUUUAUAUUGCUUGAAGAUUCUCCAGAGAAUGGAGUAAUUAAGUAGGUUGCAGUCAGUGUUGUUUUAAGAUUUUCUUGUAGGUUAUGGUUAAAUGGACAGGUUACAUGUAUGAUCUGUGGUUCAAGGUCAGAUCCUGGGCAUUAAAGAUAAGUUUGGCUAACUUAUUUUACUGAAGAUACUAAUUGUCUUCACUCUUAAACUAUUUUCCCCCAAUAUAACAGUCUGCAUUGAAUUUCCUUUAGCUCUAACCAUAUUCUAGUUGACGUUUUUUAAGGAUUAAAUAUUUUGUGAAUUCUUUUUACACUUAAAAUGUGUAAUUGCAGAGGGAUAAAAAUAAAUUUUGCAAUAACGUACAUACAGAGUGUGCUUACGGUGUUCUGAGAGUUAGUACUCCAGAGCGCUUUAAGUGUGAAUGCUAAGUGCUAAGGCUGAUGUAAUGACUAUAGACCAUCUGUAUCAGCGCUAUCCAGUAGAAAUAAAUGUGAGCCACAUGUGUAAUUUAAAAUUCUCUAGUAGCCACAUUAAAAAAAGAAACACAUAAAAUUAACUUUAAUAAUAUAUUUUAAUUAACCCAAUAUAUUAAAUAUAUUAUCUUUUAGGUAUGUAAUCAAUAUACAAAAUAGAGGUGUUUUACCUUCUUUUUUCUCCAUAGUAAGUCCUCAAAAUUCAGCGUGUGUUUUGCACUCAUGUGCAUCUCAAUUCUGACUAGCUACAUUUCAAAUACUCAAAAAGCCACUUGUGGAUGAGGGCUGCUAUACUGGACAGUGUAGAUUCAUAGAAUACAAAGUAUGGCUUUACUUUAAAUUGGAGAUGGUGAGGUAGGCAUGAAAUUAUGGUACUUUAAAAAUUAUUUAGUAUACUUAGAAAAGCAUUGAACAGAAUUGUCCACUCGUUUUUUUCUUUGUCUUCAUUUUAAAUUUUCUCUAGAAGUAGGGUCAACCAGUUUCAAUUUGCCAAGCAUUAUUUAAGAAGGAAGGAUUUCCAUGCAUGUAAAAUACCAUGAUAUGCUGAUUAUAACAACAUAUUAUUAACAACACAUUUUUCAAUGUGUUCACUAAAUUCUGUCCUGUUUCUUCAAAAUAAUAGCUUAAAUUGCAUGUUAAUUGUAUAUCUGUACCUAUUUUGUUUUUAUAUUAUUGUUAUAAUACAAUAAUUUGUAUUAACAAACAGCCCUCAGAUUCUAAUCUGCCUAUGCAGCUGUCCUCCAGUACUUACUGGUACACUUCUUAAGUUGUAAUAAGUGGCAGAAAAGUAGAAUGAACCUUUCUUUUUCCAUUAUAUUUGUUUUUAUCAUGUGACCAUGUACCAAGCCAGCUAUAAAUUAUUGUAUUUCUGUAGAAUAUGGAAAAUAGUGUUUAUGUCUUGUCUUUGCUAAAUGUUUGCAAUUUCUAAGUAAACUUUUCAUCUCCUAAAA